AUGGGCUGGCAGCGCAUUGAUAGACAUAGGGCAGCGUCAAUGAAGAUGCGGACGGACGGUACGGCGAAUGAAGAGGAGGAGGAGAGGGAUAGAGGGGUAGAUUUGCUCAGAAAAAGAGACCGGGUAGAAGGUGUAGAACGAGAGCAGGGCGAGGGCGGGGAAGUUGAGGGAGGGUAUGCGGGGAUGGAAGAGAGGCUGAAGAUGGGACGGAUACGGGGGGAGGGAGACAGCAGAAGCAACGGCAAGAGGGGAGAGUGUCAGAAGAUGCAGCUGCGAGAACGAGAAUGCGGUGAGGAUAGGAGCUGUGGCGCGAGGGAGCCGGGAGUUUGGUUUGAGGUCGUGGUUGUCGAUGGUUCGGAUGGAGGAGGAAAAAGAAGAGAAGAAAAAAAGGUAGCGAGUGAGCCGAUAGGGAACAAACAGCAAACAGCAAGGGAAGUCACAACAAUUCAACAUCAACAUCAACAUCAACAGCAAGAUUAA